CCCGACUCUGCUGCUUGGUAGGACGGCGCGCGCGGCUAUUCGGUCUCGCUUCUCCAACCUUCGGCCUGGGCCCUUGCUGCCAGCAUGGAUACUCGCCGCGUGCGGCAGAAGGGUCGCAGAGUAAAGAAGAACUUCAAGAAAUUCAGCUAUGUGAAGUUGAUUUCCAUGGAAACCUCGUCAUCCUCUGAUGACAGUUGUGACAGCUUCGCUUCUGAUAAUUUUGCAAACACGAGGUUACAGCCAGACGGCGAGGGCUGUAGGACUCGCAGCCAGUGCGGGCGGUCUGGACCGCUCCGGGUGGCCAUGGCGUUUCCGACCCGAAGGACCAGGGGUGCAGCCAGCAAAAGAGCAGCGGCCCCUGAACCUGCAGAGAAAGCGGUGCCUGAUCCCAAUUCUGAUUCAGAAGAUGAAAAUGGCAUGAAUUUUUUGGAGAAAAGGGCUUUAAAUAUAAAGCAAAACAAAGCAAUGCUUGCAAAACUCAUGUCGGAAUUAGAAAGUUUUCCGGGCUCAUUCCCUGGACGGCAUUCCCUCCCACGCCGCAGUUCUCAAUCGAAGACACCCCGAAGGCGCACCUUCCCAGGUGUUACUUCUAGGAGAAACCCUGACCGGAGAGUACGUCCUCUUACCAGAUCAAGGUCCCGGAUCCUUGGGUCCCUUAGCGCUCUACCCACAGAGGAGGAGGAGGAAGAGGAGGAGGAUAAGUACAUGUUGGUGAGAAAGAGGAAGACCAUGGACGGCUACAUGAACGAAGAUGAUGUGCGCAGAGGUCGCCGUCCCGGAUCCAUGACCCUUCCACAUGUAAUUCGCCCGGUGGAAGAAAUUACAGAGGAGGAGUUGGACAACAUCUGCAACAAUUCUCGAGAGAAGAUAUAUAGCCGUUCAUUGGGAUCUACUUGUCAUCAGUGCCGCCAGAAAACCAUUGAUACCAAAACAAACUGCAGAAACCCAGAGUGCUGGGGCGUCCGAGGCCAGUUCUGCGGCCCCUGCCUUCGAAACCGUUAUGGAGAAGAGGUCAAGGAUGCUCUGCUGGAUCCAAACUGGCAUUGCCCACCUUGUCGAGGGAUCUGCAAUUGCAGUUUCUGCCGUCAGCGAGAUGGGCGGUGUGCGACUGGGGUCCUUGUGUACUUAGCCAAAUACCAUGGCUUUGGGAAUGUGCAUGCUUACUUGAAAAGUUUGAAGCAUGAGUUUGAGAUGCAAGCAUAAUAUUUGGAAGAUCUACUACCUGCCUUCCACUGUGCCAGUCUUCCUUGUUGAAGUUUGCAGUUCUGUCCUGUGGUGGAAACCUGAGUUAAGAAUUCUGAUGAUCAGUCUGCCCUAUAGGAAACGCAGAUCAAGUUACUCUCAUUAGAGGUGUUUGUGAGCAUCGCAGAGGCCUGUUGCUAGCU